GGCCGUGGGUGUGUUAAAUGAAGCUUAUUUAGUUAGCUGCCGUCUUUUCAUUUAUGAAUGUUUUGUAAUAACAUUUUUACCCUUAUAAUUUUAAACUAUACCAUGUUUAUUUGUUGAAGCGCUUGAUAAAAACAUACAGUAAUAUUUUCUAAAACUUUCGAACUCUGUAACAUUUUGUUAACAGUUUCGUAGAAAAACAUUUUUACCCUUAUAAUUUUAAACUAUACCAUGUUUAUGUGUUGAAGCGCUUGAUAAAAACAUACAGUAAUAUUUUCUAAAACUUUCGAACUAUGUAACAUUUUGUUAACAGUUUCAUAGAAAAAAAUUAUCGCAAACCAUUAUCGUUUUCAGAGAUUCGCUGUAAUCAAAAUCGCUAGUAUUGCGAAAAGCCCAAAGAACUUGUGAUGAAUGUAACUAUAUGUCUAUGCCAUGGGAAUAUUGGAUCGUCUUUUGUUGAAGUUUUGUCCUUCAGAAGGUCACGGAAGUUAUUGUACCGGGAUUGGCAACUAAAAUUCUUGAAGCGAUUCGUAUAAUUAAUUUUAAAACAAAAUUUCAAGUGUCAUAUAAAAGAUGGGGAGAAAAUUUUGGGUUGGUGGAAACUGGAAAAUGAACGGAGUGAAGAAGGAAAUAGACGGAAUAAUUAAUUUCUUGCAGGCGGGGCCCAUAUCACCUGAUGUAGAGGUUGUCGUUGGUGUUCCUGCACUAUACUUAGAGUAUGUCAAGAAUAAACUUCCAUGUUCUGUAGCAGCAUCAGCUCAGAAUGCUUACAAAGUUCCUAAGGGAGCUUUCACGGGUGAGAUCAGCCCAGCAAUGAUCCAAGAUAUAGGAGUCUGUUGGGUCAUUCUGGGUCACUCUGAGCGCCGGAACGUGUUUGGAGAAUGCGACGAGCUGGUAGCGGAGAAGGUGGCCCACGCGCUGGAGUCGGGCCUGUGCGUCGUCGCGUGCAUCGGCGAGAAGCUGGAGGAGCGCGAGGCGGGCCAGACGGAGGCCGUCGUCUUCCGGCAGAUGGAGGCCAUCGCCUGCAAGAUCUGCGACUGGACCAACGUGGUGGUGGCGUACGAGCCCGUGUGGGCCAUCGGGACGGGCAAGACCGCUACCCCCCAGCAGGCCCAGGACGUACACAGGAAGCUGCGUGAGUGGCUGUGCACGAACGUGUCGGAGUGUGUGGCGGAGACCACCCGGAUCGUGUACGGUGGCUCGGUGACGGCUGCGAACUGCAAAGAGCUUGCCCAGGAGGAAGACAUUGAUGGAUUCCUCGUCGGCGGAGCCUCUCUGAAGCCAGAGUUCAUUCAGAUCAUCAAUGCCAAAGCAUGUUAACUGAGAGACUAUGUAAAUAUCUGCAGAAUUGGUAGAGCCCUCUAAGUUCAGAUUUAAAUAAGAGAUUCCAGGUUUAUUUAAAUAUAAAUUAUUAAAAUGUAACACAUGCUGCAAGUAUGUGUAAUUAAAAGAAAAAUAUAUUUUCCCGUUAAUGACUGGCUAGAUGUCGUUCAUGAGAGAAUAAAAUUAAUGUGGUCUUGCUAUAAUGCCACAAAA